AAGAUAUUACUGAAGACUCAGAGGUAGAGGUAUACAAAAGCAGUAAUAGUAACAAGCAAGAAAAGAAAAAAGAUAAGCAUCACAAUAGUUACAAAAGAAAGAAAAGUGAAACUAAAAAAACAAAUCUACAG